CUCGCGUCUUCGAGGAUCAAAGAAAACGCCGUGGUCGUUGGAGUUACUGACGUAGAAAAAUAACAUCGAACAUUACUUUCAUGGGGAAGAGGAAGUCGAGAACCAAGCCAGCUCCUAAUAAACGAAUGGACAAGCUUGAUGCUGUCUUCUGCUGCCCAUUCUGCAAUCAUGGAAGUAGCGUAGAGUGUCGCAUUGACAUGAAGAACUUGAUUGGUGAAGCCUCAUGCAGGAUUUGUCUAGAAAGCUUUAGCACUACUGCCACUGCACUGACUGAGCCUAUUGACAUAUAUAGCGAAUGGAUUGAUGAGUGUGAAAGGGUUAAUCUUGAAGACGAUGGGGCUUGAGCAUCUGGCUGGUGGUGCUUCAAGCCGAGUGGAUAGAUGAUGUAAUGGUUUGGCGAUCUUAUAGGGUGAAAUAUGCGCAUCAUCCUUUACGUUGUAGGGUAGUAAUGAUUUGUUUUCUUGGAGCAGUACGCUGUAGUGGUAUUCAUAACUCCUUGCUUGCUUGCCUAGCUGGUGAUCGUAUAUAACUGCUCCGUGUAGUUGCCCAGUAGAAAAUGACGGUCUCUGUCGAAGUGUUAUGAGCACCUUCGGUCGUUGGAAAACAACGAGGUAGGUGACGGUGACGAAGGUGUGCAUCGUUCACCAAGAAUCGUCGCAUGCAGCGCAUCUCACGGAAGUCUUAUGUGCUAUUAUCGUCAAAAUGCUAACGCUAUCUUAAGAUAGCAUUAGUAAUUGAGCAUUUGCAAUAUACCAGUCUCGAUAAGUGAAAGAGUGAUACGUCAGAUAUACUGUAACCAUGUGAUGACAUGUGACCAAUGGGCAGAUGGUCUAACAGGCCACUCAUUAAAAAAAAAAACAUGGGGAUCACAUGUGGUUGAUAGUUGAUGAUUGGAUUAUUAGAUAUGUACUCACUGU